UAAAAAAGUCUGUACAACGGCUAUUGUCAAGAGCUCGAAAGAAGAAGAAAAAAAUGGGAUAAAGUGAAAGUUAAAAGACAAAAAUAAAAGGCCGAUAGAGAAAGUAAAAUAGACGAAUUGGAGAGGAGAGUGCAAACUCAUUUAAAUCUUUGGGAUCAGAGAAAGAUUCAAUUCAUUUUUUUUUACUUUCGCUUCUCUUUAGUUAGAGUGAAAGAGAUAUGAAUGAAGGGAUUCUUCCGCUGCAGCAAAUGGCCGCCCGCGGGUUGCAAAAUCACACUGCGCCGCCGCUAACUGCUCCGCUCCCGCCGUGGCUUCCCUCUCAGGAAUUUCCACAGUCAUGGAGCCAACUAGUCUUAGGGUUUGGUGGAGAAGAGGAUAAGGUAGAUGGGAUUGACCCGGCUGCGAGCUACGCAUACGCCUCCGGAAAUCUUGAAUCCACGACGGCAAAAUCUUCGAGCAUGUGUCCUAACAUGCCCGGUUUCUCUAACAAAUCAUCCGAGAUUUUGAUGAAGGGUGCUACCAAGAAAUCGAAGAUGAAUCCAACAACUUCAGCUCAGUCUGGCAUCAAGGUGAGGAAAGAAAAACUGGGGGACAGGAUUACAGCCCUUCACCAACUAGUGUCCCCAUUCGGCAAGACUGACACAGCUUCUGUGUUGCUGGAAGCAAUUGGAUACAUUAGAUUCCUUCAACGUCAAAUUGAGGCAUUAAGCAUUCCGUACUUGGCCACCCACUCACAAAAUGUUAAAAGGGAGAGUGGAAGUUGUCUUUUCCCUGAGGACCCUGGCCAGCUUCUGAAUGAGAGCCAGAGGAAAAGGAAAGCUGUUUCUGAAGAGGAAUGUGAAGAAGAGGUGAAGAAGGAUUUGAAGAGUAGAGGUCUGUGCUUGGUUCCAUUAUCAUGCACAGUUGAUUUUGGGAGUGAGAAUGGAGCUGAUUAUUGGGCUCCAUCAUUUGCUGGGAACUUUUAAUAAUUAAUCAUUGUAAUAUUGAUUAACAUGAACCUAGGUAAAAUUAAUGAUGUGACAUCACAGGCAGUCAGUCCAAUUAAAUUUCAUGAGAUUGACUGCUUAUGAUGAUAUCCAUUUUUUAGUUCAGAGUAGGUGGGAUAUGUCAUGUGUUGCAACCUUCAGUUAAUUAUUAACCACAAUUUAAAUUA